AUGCAUGUCAAAUCAAUGCACACCGAUCUCGACAUACCAUUCUCAGCUACAGAAUCCCCCAUCUUACAGCAUGUCAUCCAUGGUAUCAAGCGUUUUCACAGAGAAAAAGAUCACAAGCCGAAGCAACCAAUCACUCUAUCUGUGCUUAAGGACAUCCUCGCCCAACUCAAGCCUGAGACAACACCAGGACACAAGGUGGUCUAUGCCGCUUGUUGUGUCGCCUUCACCGGCUUGCUACAAUGCGGAGAAUUCACAGCCAAAUCAGUGGACAAGAAAUUCUCCCUGACCUUUCAGUUAUUGCAGGCAUCAGUUCAGUUCCUCCCUAGCUUUGAAGCCACUGAACAGGUCAUUCUCUUCCUUUCGGCAUCCAAAACUGACCCAUUUCAUAAAGGCAUCUCCAUCUGUCUCACCACUGCUCCCAGGAAACUGACAUGCCCAGUUGCUGCCCUCAAAUCUCUCUUCACCGAGUCUGAUGGAACUGCACACAACUCUGCAUGGCCCCUUUUCCCAUCACCUGAUGAUCCAACCAAACCAAUCACAUGGUCCUUCUUCAUCUCAACAAUUUGCAAAGCACUCUCAGCAGCUGGAUAUAAUCCCAGUCUCUUCGCUGGACACAGUUUUCGAUGUGGUGGUGCCUCCACAGCAGCAGCAGCAGGGUGCUCUGAUGUUAGCCACCAACUCUACAAACUAGAUCAAACGAGGAUCGCCACUCACACUUCAGUGGAUCAAUACACUCGUAGGUCUAAGGAUGUAUGGAAUGAGCAGGAGCAAACUUAG